ACGAAGAACAAGAACAGUAAUUACAGCGCUUUUGCACUUUGUUGAGAGCGGAGUUGCACGACAAGCUUGCAUUGGGAUAUACUGGUGAUUUAAAAUGCGUUUGAAUUUGGAUGCAUUUUGUAUACAGCUACGUGUUUCAAAUUAUGGUAAUUGAUCGUCCUGCGGUCCACAGCUGAUUUGAUAGUCGACUGCUUUAUCUCAAUAGUGACUGCGGAGUCCUAUCCAUUACUAGAACAAGUCGAGACAUGACUAAUCCUAUGUUUUGGGACCAACUGCAAGCUGGAAGCUCCGAGGUGGACUGGUGUGAAGGCAAUUACCUUAUUUACCCUAGCAUUGCAGAGUUUUAUAACACGAUCAGCAACAUCUUGUUUUUUGUUUUACCGCCUAUAUUAAUGUGCUUGUUCCGCCAGUAUGCAACACAUUUCAACAGUGGAAUAUAUCUCAUUUGGAUUCUACUGGUUGUGAUUGGUAUUGGCUCCACAUACUUCCAUGCCACCCUCAGUUUCCUGGGUCAGAUGCUGGAUGAGUUGUCCAUCCUGUGGGUGCUCAUGUGUGCCAUCGGCAUGUGGUUCCCCAAGAGAUAUCUGCCCAAGAUGUUCAGGAAUGACAGGUCAAGGUUCAAAGUGGUCAUCGGCAUCUUGUCCGGGAUCACCACUGGUUUGGCCUUCGUUAAGCCCGUCAUCAACUCGGUGUCUCUGAUGACUCUGGGUAUCCCCUGCACUGUUCUGCUCAUUACUGAGCUCAAAAGGUGUGAGAACCCACGUGUAUUCAAGCUGGGGCUUAUCUCUGGGUUUUGGUGGGCUCUGGCUCUCCUCUGCUGGGUCAGUGACAAGAUCUUCUGUGAGAUGUGGUCCUCUGUCAACUUCCCCUACCUACACUGUGCUUGGCACAUCCUUAUCUGCCUAGCCUCCUACCUGGGCUGUGUGUGCUUCGCCUACUUCGACGUCGCCACAGAGGCCCCCGAACGAGGCCCGGUCAUCAUGUUCUGGCCCAACGAGAAAUGGGCCUUCAUCGGAGUGCCCUAUGUCACUCUACUCUGUGAAACCAAGAAAUCUGACUCUGUCAAGGUGACAUAACAUCCUCAGGGCCCACUGAGCUUGGAAAAUUCCUCACUAUGAGGUGCUCCCCAAACAUGCACACAAAAUACGCCCUGAUGUCAGACAAUCUGAACAAUGCAUGUAGAAUGCUUUAAAAUGAAGUACCUCUAAAGUACUUCUCUGACAUGGGUGACAAAAGUCGACAUAACGUGUCCGUUAUCGCUUCAAAAUGAAAUCCCCUCAAUAAUGCAAUAAUGUUUAUGCAACUUAGUGUCAAAGCACAAAUGUGUCCCGCAGUCAUCUAUUAAAGUGACAUAAGUGAGGUAACAUCAAUGCUAAGAAACUUACCAAGUUCUUCAUUAAUCAACUGCGAAUGUAAUUCUCAGGCUUUGUUGAGGUGAUUGUGAAUAAUUCAAUUUAGAGUAAGGCAGUAAUGUAUAUAGGUGUGUUGCAGUGUUUCUCACAGAAAUGUAUUUUUUCAGCUCUGGAUCUACUAUUCAAAAUGCUCCCUGCCCUUACAUUUUCAGGCAAUUGAGCACAAAUGGUGAGGACCUUGCCAAUGGUGUAUAUUGUGCAGUAUUUACAUUUACAGCGUGGCUGACUGAUUGUUAAUACUGUUAUAGACGUAUAUUAAUUAACCCCUUAGACUCAUGGGAAUUGACCUAUAGGGAGAAAUUGAAAUGUUUCUUACAGAAGAAAUAUGGAAUGCAUAACCAAGAUAGCAAUUAAAAGGGAACAGUUUGGUUAGUUAUUGGAAAAUUAUCACACUAAAGCUGAGGACACAAGACUGAAUCCAAACAUUACAUUUUUUGUGCAAUUUACUUUCAAUGUACUUUUCGCCGCAUUUGUUGAUAACGAAAUCUAAAAAUACUCUGGAAACAUUCAGUUACAUGAUAAAAAAAUAUUAUUGGAAAAUUUGGGUUAGGUACAACAUAAGACAAAAAAAUAUGACAAGUGAGAGAUCUAAUUGGUGUUCCCAAGUGGCUUCUCCAAAGUGUGCACAGUUCCGAAGUAAUUUCAAUGCACUUUUUAUGACUCAAAGAAGAGUCUUCAACGAUAAGGAGCUUUAUUUUCCUUCUCUCCUAGCUGUGCCGUUGAGGAACUAGAGCACGCACAUAUAUGUAGUUUUUUGUUGGGAACACAGCCCUGCAUCCCUGUAUUUACAGAAUUACCGUUGUUUAUGCAAUCCAAAACCGGUCCAUUAUAAAUCGCAAUCUGGGUCAGGUGGGCAUAACGUGAAAGAUUGUUCUAUUGCCAACAUGACUAGCUAAAUCAUAAAAUAUGUACUCACAGUGUUAGGCCUUCACAAGGCAAUUCAGAGAAGCAGAUAAUAAUUUUGGUGCGCAUAGAAUGGAGUCGUGUGCAUUCAGAUGCAUGGUCCGCUGCAAGUUUAUCCCGAUACAACAAAUAGGCUCAUUCUGUUCAGGACAACCCAGGGUAUAAUGCCAUGUCAUCUGUACAUCAAACAUGUAAUAUACAUGUUGACACUAUAUUACUUGAGUUGAUAUGGUAAUGUGAAGUAGACUCACAGGUGUUUGGCUUGGUUGUAUGACAUCAGAGUGGUAUAAUCAUCCUCAUAAUUUAUAGCCUUUCCCUCACUCAGACAACAAAACAUUUGCUAAAGUUGGCCAAUUAUAGCGGGAGGGAUGAAGGCAACUUCUUGUCGCGCGCGGUGCUCAAGUUCAGAACAACUGUCAGUCAAAACCCAUACAGAGCUGUGAAGCUGAAAUCCUGAGGAAAUCCUGAGCUCUGACUCAUGUAUAGCAUGUUACUGUACAGCCAUUGUGUUUGAAUUUAGGCUCUUAGCAAUCUUUUUCCACACGUAUAUGGGUACGAAUGUGAAGCGUUAAGACUUUCUGUAUUACAGUAUUAUCUCAGUUAUUGCAUUAUCUACAACUAUAUUUAAGAGCAUUUGUAUUAUAUACUUUAAAAUGUAAGGCCGAAAGCAAACACAUUUUUUUCUCCCUGUUGAAGGCUCUGGAACACACCUUUUUGAAGUAAGAGGUGUUUAGCUGAUUCUUAUUUUAAACACUCAACCCCCCCAACCAUAGUCUUUACUGAAUGCGGAGUAUUAGAAGAGAAAUGUAAGUCAAGUCUCAGAUUGUCAGUUGUCAUGAAAAUGAGAGUAACAGAACUGAAGUGUAAAACACUGUCUCAACUGUUCAUGAUAGUGAAUUGCAACCAUAUAAAUACUCACAUAGGCAUAAAAGGGAUAGGUCAGUUACCAUAGUAAUUGUUUGCUGUUGAUGUCUUCAUGAUGCCUUGACAGCAAUAUUAUGCUGGUUGUUACGUGGCCAACCCUACUGAAUAGUUACCCACAUGAAGAGAACUAAGAAAGUCUAAACUAGACAACAAGGGAGUGUUUGCACCUGUUAUUUUCAAAAGGGAAUAAGAUAAAAGCAACAAGAAUAAAACGCACAACUAUCUUAAUAUUUAAUCUACCUUUAGGACUAAAAUACACUUUUAUUAUAGGAGAUUCAUGUGCCAUUGAACAUUAGUUUUUAGUCCAGGAGUAGAUUUUCUCUCUGUCUGGGGAAACUGGCCCUUAUUAUUUUUAUAUUUCCUCCUGGAAAAUAAGUGGUUCAAAAUGUCACUGGUGCAAGUGCUAAACAACUCUGGAUGGCCAAUGAAGUAGGUCUAUUUAACAAAGGAAUUAAUAAUUAUGUUAAGAAUUUAAGUUGCUUUCUUAAUUGUCAUUUUUGUGCCAGAAUUUUAAGUUUUUUUUUUUUUUUUUACAUUACUUUUAGCCUUUAGAGAGAAACAUAAGGUAUACAAUGCAUAUCCAAUUAAGAGGCACUGUGUGUAGUGGCAAGCCUUGCGUGAAGCUGGUUGGCUUUUUCAAUAUGCCAUGAUCUGGCCUAUCGGUUGAUUCCAUGUAAGUGAAUUGAAAUUGAGUAAUUGAAUACAACUGCUCAACCUACACUACCAUUUGGAAGGGAAGGUUGUUGGUUGGAGGAGGCAUAGCAAACACUUUUGACUCCAAUAACAGUUUUACCACAAGUAAUUUAAUCUCAAAUCAAUUACCUUUUUGUGGACUCCAUUUAGAACUGUUCUGUUUUAAACUAAGCUAUACUGUUAUUUCUUUACACAGUCUGAUACCAUUUGUUUUGUAUACAAUUUGUUGGGUUGUGUGGUGUCAAAGUAUAGGGGCAAACAAGUGCAGGAAACAACUCUAUCCAGAGUCCACAAAGUGGUAUAUUUUGUAACUACAGUAUCUGAAGUAUUUUGUUUAGCCAAAAAGUAUAUUUCUAUUUUCCUAAAUGUAGAGCACAACCAUUCAAAUACAUGUUUAAAAGGAUGCAAGACAAAAAAAACUGAAGUAUUAUUAUUUUGGAUUGUCAACCAUUGUAGAUGUCUUUUAAGGUAUUGUAUGGGAAAGGAAUACCGUAACAUGCAGUGCACUGUUUUAACAAAGGCAAAAAGACCCGCACUGGUGUCUACAAACCUUGAUACCUUCUACUUGGACUUUAUUUAAAAACCUGCAGACAUGCAGGAUGGUAACUGUUUUUAGAAUAUGACCGUGUAAAAUCAAGAAUCACCAUUCUGUUGCUUUCCAAAUGUGAGUGAUUUGACAAAGUGCAAAGCUUUUUUACUUGUCAAAAUAUGUGUUUUGAAUCCUAUGACAGCCUGUGUAGUAGGCUAACUAAUACCCCUUUCACACUAUUGUGCACUCCCAAAGCAAUUUGUGCUGGCUUCACAUUGUCCUUUUCAGCAAGGUUCCAGCAACUAGUGGAUGUGUAACUGGGCCAACUGAGUUUGGCUUUUUCUAUUGAAACGGCCUUGAGCUAGCCAACCUAAAGCCUACAUAAUUGUAACUCCGUUCAAGUGAAGUUUAAUCUAUAAAAAGAGUUCUUGAUCCAUCUCUCUACCUGUAAUGACAAUACAUUCAAGUUGCACAGUAAUAUUUAUUUUCAGAGUUUAUCCUGUUUUGUAGACAAAUAUUUUGAAUGUGAUUGAAGUAUUUUAUAUCAUUAUUUUAUGCAACAAAAUAUAAACUACUACAAAAAAAAUGCACUGUCUUUGCAUUAUUCUUUUUGAGGGGAAUUGAUUCAGUUGGUUAGAUUGGGCAUCAAACACAGAACAUCGAAAACAUAUUGGAACAUUAUAGCAAGUCUGUCAAAAUCCUGACAAAAUAUGAGUUUCUUUGAUCACCAACUUAUAACUAUGGCUCGCUUUAAAACAUGUUGGCUGGAAUUGAAGCCUAUUGUCAUUGUACAGUGAAGUUGAUAUGUUAAAGCGUUAAGCAGCUGUAUAUUAGGCCAAAGACAAUGUGCUUUCUGCCCUAGUCUUGUCAUCUGUCGUCCUACCAACUAAAACUACCUGUUGAUCAGAGUUUAUGCCACCAGGGGGCAGUGUGUUAAAACAUAAACUUACCGACCAUCGAAGGACAUAAGGAAGCUGUAGCUAAACACUGAAGUGACAACCACAACAAUGUCACACCCAUGUCAUUGGAAAACCUUCAUACACAGUGGAUUGUGAAUUUGUCUGAAAUGGGAUCAAUUUGUGAAGUUAUUAUUUAUUUAUUUUAAAUGUAUUUUUACAUGUAGCUACAUUCCAAAAUAUAUGUGAGAUUGAUUUGCAAACAUUUACUAGAUUAGAAUGCUGAACUUUGACUGACUAUUUAAACAAUGACAGAUGAGCAGUGCUGUUUUUUGGAAUUGGCAACUUCAACACAAACAAUAACCACUAAAGAAUAACAUUUCAUAGAAUUCAUAAUAUCCAUGUGUUAGAAAUUAGGACGGACUGUCCAUGCCCACCAUCUUGAUUGUAGAUCAGAGGUACAGUGCCAAAUUUGUACUCCUAUCGGGCAUGUUUCUCAAGUUAUUCCUUCUCUACUGUAUAAUGGUUCAAUUAUUUUCUGAUCAUUGUUUGUACAUUAUGUACAGUACAUGCAACAUUCCACUACCGUAAUUGGUACAGAAUAGAGUUGGUAGGCUAUACUUCAGUGUCAGACUCCUCACAUCGCAGCCUGGAUCCAUAGACUAGAUGUAACAAGUGGAAGUCUUUUUUUGGGGAGUACCAGUACUUUACUAUUUAUAUUUUUUACAACUUUUGCUUCACUACAUUCCUAAAGAAAAUUGUAGUUUUACUCCAUACAUUUUCGCUGACACUCAAAAGUACUCGUUACAUUUUGAAUGCUUUGCAGGAUAGGAUUUAUUUUAUUUUAUUACACACAUAAUGAGAACAUCACUGGUCAUCCUAACUGCCUCUGAUCUGGGGGACUCAAACACAUGCUUAAUUUGUAAAUGAUGUCUGAGUGUUGGCGCAUGACCCAUGGCUAUCCAUAAAAUAAAAUAAAAACUAGACAAUGGUGCAGCCUGGUUUGCUUUAUAAAAGGAAUUUGACUUUUACUGCUGAUACUUAACUAUAUUUGAGUAAUUACAUUUACAUUUGAUACUUAAGUAUAUUUAAAACCAAGUACUUUUAGACAACGUAUAACGCGAAGUCUAGCAACCCCAUAGGUGGGUGUAUAACGGGAACAUCUAGCUACCCAAAGGUUGCGUGUUCGAAUACCAUCAUGGACAACUUUAGCUAAUUAGAAACUUUGCAACUACUUUUUAGCUACUUUGCAACUACUGUAACCCUAAGAACAACCAAUUGGAAUUGGUAACAUACAUUUGAGCAAAUUUGUAACAUAGUGUAUGUUAUGCAAAUUCGUAAAAUGUAUAAAUUGCAAUUCGUAACAUUUCAUACGAUAUGGAUGAUGGGCAUCCACAAAUGAAUACAUACCAAACAAAACGUAACCUAUAAAUGGAGUGUCUCGGAUUUAUGUACAGAAUAAUAUGAAAUGCUGAAUCUCCUUCAUGGUAUUGUAUGUGUUAGGCUAGUAGGUGGUUGUGUUGUACUUACCAGUACCCAGUGUUCGCGGGGUCCGACAUGCCAAUCAACCUGCUAUCUGCCAAUCACGGGAAUGCCUGGAAUGUUCUGAUGCCGGGCAUCCUGGCGGUUGGUGGAGUGGCGUGGAGGGGGGUUGGGCAGGGGGAUGGAGCAUUGGAAGUUAAGACCAGGUUUAGCAUUUGUUCUCUCUUUUACGUCUGGGCUUCACAAGAGAAGGUCACGAUUGGCUUGUGGGGUAUCUUUCAUUUAAUUUAUUUGGCGUGGGCUACGGCCAAACAGUAGCCUGUGUAAAGUUGUUUUAAUAAACCGUCAAUUCGUAAACUCAA